AUGGCUUCUAUAAGCACUCAAAAAGCCUCAUCUUCGUCAACACCAAGUUGGAAAUAUGAUGUCUUUCUUAGUUUUAGAGGCGAGGAUACCCGCAAUAGUUUUACAGAUCAUAUAUAUGGUGCUUUAAAACAAAAAGGCAUUGAGGUCUUCAGAGAUGAGGAAAAACUUGAGACAGGGAAAUCUAUUGCACCUGCACUCUUGAAAGCAAUAGAAGAAUCAAGAUUUGUGGUUGUCAUUCUCUCAAGAAACUAUGCAUCUUCUACAUGGUGCUUGGAUGAACUCGUAAAGAUCAUUGAAUGCAUGAAAGAGAAGAAAAUGAUAAUUUUCCCAAUUUUUUAUGAUGUGGAUCCAUCUGACAUACGAAAACAAACUGGUACUUUUGCCCAAGCCUUUGCUAAACACAACGAAUGUUUUAAGGAUUGCAUAGAGAAGGUGCAAAAAUGGAGUUUUGCUUUGAGAGAAGUGGCCAAUAUCAAAGGGUGGCAUACACAGGAUAGGCCUGAGUCAAAAAUUAUCCAAAAUAUUGUGAGAGACUUAUUGCAUAAAUUGACUUAUGCAUCCACAGAAAAUAAUGAAGAUCUAGUAGGAAUAACUUCUCGAGCAGAGAAAUUAAAGAUAUGUUUGGCUUUAGGGUCCAACGAUGUUCGUAUUAUAGGGAUUUGGGGGAUGGGAGGAAUUGGUAAAACAAUUAUGGCUAGAGUUGUUUUUCGUAUGGUUUCUAAUGAAUUUGAAGCUUAUUGUUUUCUUGCUAAUGUUAGGGAAGUUUCUGAAAGAGCCGGUUUUGUUGUAUUACAACAACAACUUAUUCUUCAAAUUUUGAAGGAAAGUAUGAUUAUACAAGAUGUUGAUGAUGGAGUUCUUUUGAUAAAAAAUAGGUUACGUCAUAAAAGAAUUCUUCUAGUUCUUGAUGAUGUAAAUCAAUUAGACCAACUAAAAAAGUUAGUUGGGAAGCAUAUUUGGUUUGGUCCAGGUAGUAGAAUUAUCUUAACAACAAGAGAUAAGCAUUUGCUACAGACAUUUGGAGUAGAUGAAAUAUAUGAGGUUGAUCAAUUGAAUGAUGAUGAAGCUCUUCAUCUUAUGAGUUUGAAAGCUUUUAAAAAAGACCAUCCUCCCAAAGAUUAUUUGAAGUUGUCUAAAGAUUUUGUAUAUUAUGUUGGUGGCCUACCUUUAGCUGUUGAGAUUUUGGGUUCCUUUUUGUUCGGUAGAAUGAUUGAUGAAUGGAAUAGUGCAUUAGAUAGGCUUAAAGAAUUUCCUGAACCUAAAAUUCUCCAAGUACUUAAAAUAUCUUUUGAUGGACUACAUGAAGUAGAGAAGGAAAUAUUCCUACAUAUUGCAUGUUUCUUUAAGCAAACAAACAAAAAUGUAGUAGAAAUACUGGAUUAUCUUGGCCUUUACCCUAAAAUUGGAUUACGGGUUCUUAUUGAUAAAUCUCUCAUAAAAGUUUGUGAGGAUUAUUUUUGGAUGCAUGAUUUACUACACGAGAUGGGGAAGAACAUAGUUUUUCAAGAGUGCCCUAAAGAGCCUGGAAAGCGUAGCCGACUGUGGUUAUUUAAGGACAUAGAUGAUGUUCUUACAAAUAAUAUGGGAACACAAGCAAUUGAAGGCAUGGUCCUAAAGUUGCAUGAACCAAAAGAGGCAUAUUGGAAUCCUAAAUCAUUUUCAAAGAUUCAUCAUCUUAAAUUGCUCAUAAUUGAUAAUGUUCACCUUUUGCGUGCGCCCAAACAUCUUCCUAAUGCUUUGAGAUAUCUUGAUUGGAGUGGAUACCCUUUAAAAUCAUUUCCAUCAAGUUUCCAACAUCAGCCUUUUGAGAUGUUAAAAUUCAUUCGCUUGAAGCAAUCUCUACAAUUGAUUGAAACCCUUAACUUCAACAAAAUCGCAAAUCUUGAGAAAUUGGUUCUUAAGGGUUGUAUAAAUUUACUUGGCUUGCACACAUCAAUUGGAGUUCAUAAAAAGCUCAUUCUUCUUAAUCUAAAAGGUUGCAAAAACCUCAGAAGUCUUCCAAGCAAGUUUGAAAUGGAGUCUCUUAAGAUUCUUAUCCUUUCCGAUUGCUUAAAAGUAGAAAGAAUCCCAGAAUUUGGGGAGAACAUGGAACGUGUAUCAGAGCUUUACUUGGAUGCCACUGCUAUCACAAAAUUACCCACAUCAAUUGGGAAUUUAACUGGUCUUGCUUUAUUGGAUGUAAGAGACUGCAAAAAUCUCAUAUCUCUUCCUAGCACCUUUUUUAAUAUGAAGUCCCUUAAAAAUCUCAAUUUUUCUGGAUGCUCAAAACUACUAGAGAGCUUAUGGAGGAUUAAUGAAAGUGUAGAGGAGCCUGGUGCAAGUGGAAUUCUAACAAGAUUUAAGCCGAGAAUUCCCAAUUCUAUGUGCCAGCUAUCAACUUCUCUAAUGGGUUUGGGUUCUUUGACCAAUUUGGUUCUAAGUAGUUGCUAUCUCAAUGCAAUCCCCAAUGAUAUUUGUUGCUUAUCCUCUCUAGAAAUUUUAAAUUUAAGUGAUAAUAAAUUUGAAUGCCUUCCGGAAAGCAUAAGUCAACUAUCUGCCCUGCAACUUUUGAAUGUGGCGGAUUGCAUGAAGCUUAUAUCAUUACCAAAGCUUCCAUCAAGUAUUCGUUCAAUCGAGGCAUUUGACUGUCCAUCACUUAAAGCAGUGACAAAUUUAUUGAAACCAAAUUCUUUGAAUGUGGCGGAUAGCAUGAAGCUUAUAUCAUUACCGAAGCUUCCACCAAGAAUUCGUUCAAUCGAGGCAUUUGACUGUCCAUCACCUAAAGCGGAAGCCAUGGAAGAAUUGUGGCAAUGUGAUGUAAAUGGAUUCAGUCAUAUUGGAAUUCAAAUCCCAACGCAGAAUACAGGCUUAGAGGUGAAGAGCUUCGGGUUCCGCAUGGGUUUGGAUGUUAUCCGUCAUAAUUUUGACAAUUCGGUCAUUUCAGAGGAAGGCAAAAAAGUCAAGCGAAUCUGUGAUGACUAUGAUGGGGCUGGACCUAGUGGAGAAGGAAGCUCUAAUGAUGUACCACACCCAAAAAGGAUUGAAAGCAUCCCAGAAUUUUUGGCUCAUGGUAUCUCUGAUUGUGAUGAGUCAAGUGAUAGUGAUUAG